AUGGAAAAAGGGUUAAGCCGAGAGAUAUUGAAGGCGCAUAACGCCACUGGUAAAAGUACUGAUACCGUAUCUCACAAAUCGUUUGGACUUAGGGAUCGCGCCGGAACCAUGCAGAGUGAGAGCUCGAGCGGGACCGGUAAGCUCAAACUUCAGAGACUGAGACACAAAAUCAAACUUUUUGGCGGAUCUUUCUCGAAGAGCGGUUCAGAAUCGCAAAUACAGAAACAGUAUGAAAACACGUACCGUUUGGAACCAGACGAGAAAACAAAAUUUUCUACAAAGAAAGCAGAAGAAACUAUUUGUCACGUGCUGGAAAAUUAUUUGAAAGGGAAAAAGUACGAUCCGAAGAAGUUUCCAAAUUUGUGCAAAAGUUUAGCAGAACUGAUCAAAGAACGCGUGAAGACUUCCGGUUGUCAGCGGUACAAAUUGAUUGCGCAUGUCAUGAUUCUGGAAAAUCAGGGACAGAGCAUGCGCCACGUGAGCCGGUGUCUGUGGAGUAAAGAACAUGACAAUUAUGCCACGGCGACGUUUGAAACGAGCGAAUUUACGGCCGUCGGUAGUGUGUUUGCGACAUACUAUGAUUAG